CCCUCCCUCUACGCCUGCGCAUUAGCUCCCGAGUGUCGCCUUUGACACUCUUUUCCCAGGCUAGGCUUGGCAACUAUUCCUCCCUCUCAGAAUAGAGUUGAGACGGUCUUGCAGACUGCUUUGCUUUGCUUGUAGCUGGUUGAUCCAUGACUGUGGAGGAGUUUCUGAAUGUUUACCACAUCCAUGGAAUUAGAAGAGGAGGUACCUUCAUUGUUAUGGGGCUUGGACCCUGUCUUCUCAGCCUUCACAAGAAUGUACAUUAAAGAUAUACAAGAAAUGAAAGAAUCUAAGCAGGUGCCAGGUAUAUUCUUUUACAAUAGACAUCCAAUAAGGCAAGUGGAUAUUCUUGGAACUGUGGUUCUAACCAAAGAACGAGACACCUUUCAUACAUAUGGAGUGGAUGAUGGCACAGGAGUUAUAAGCUGCAUCUGCUGGAAAAAUCCUGUGGCAGAACAGAAGUCUUUGUCAGAUUAUAAAUCUUAUCCUAGCACCUCAAGUAGCCUGGAUCUAGUUGAACAGAUGAGGAAGCUCCAAGAAGUGGUUCGGCUGAAAAGUAGACUGAAUAUUGGUGAUGUCGUGAGAGUCCGUGGUUGCAUUAGAAUCUAUAGACAGAAUCGAGAAAUCAGCGCCUCCACAUAUUAUAAAGUCGAUGAUCCUAUCUGUGAUGCUCAGAUUUCAAGGAUGCUAGAAAUCCCCCAUCUAUACCGAGAGAUUUAUGAUAAGAUAUUCCUGCUACCAGAAGAGAAACAGAGGUCAGUGAAUAGGAGAUGCCAAGCAUUCUCAAGUGUAUUCUCAUAUGCCAGUGGGAAUUAUAUUCAGGAACUAGAAACUGUGGAAUCUUUGGUGUCACUAAUCAGGCAGUGUGGGCCCAGUACCACCACUGAGCAAAUGGAUUUCAAUGCUGGCCUCAAUGCCAAACUGAUUAGGAGCUCAUUCACUGAAGCAAUAAACAUGCUAGGGGAAAAGGGUGCUCUUUUCCAGAAGUCAAAGAAUUCCAAUGAUGUCUACUUUGUGACCAGUCAGGAUAAAGAAUUGUACAGAUUCACCCUGGAAAUAAUCAGAGCUGAUUGUAAGAGGCCAAAGUAUGCUGAAAAGGGCUGCCAUUUUCGCCACAUUCUCAGCUGCGUUCAGCAGAACUACAGCUGUUUUGUCACUGAACCUGUGAUUCGUUACCUCCUGGAUCUGAUGGAGAGCAACAGUGAUGUUGUCACUACCAUGGAGGAAUAUUACACUGUCUUCUAAAACAUGGGCUUGUAGAGAUGAAAUUUUACCCAGUGGCCGUGAACCCCCUCAAAGACUUGGCUGAAUUCCUAUUUUAAAUCAGAAAAGUUAAAAGUU